CUUGUGUUGUGGAAGCAGAUGUACUUUAUCAGCCAAAGAGUGGAUGUUGUGCAGACCUGCUGGAAGAUAACACCGAUUACGCCAUUAUGAACAGAAUUUUAAACCUAACAGAGAACCGUCAGUGAACAGCCACACUCCUAAUCUCACCAUGAAAGGAAUUGGCCUCCCAACACUCCCGCUUGCUCGCUGCUCCCAGAGGAAGGUCUCUCUCUCUUCCUUGAUGCUGUGGAAGGAUUUGGGUCUUGGGUUUGUACGUCGUUUGUAAAGUCUUGAGGCCCGCUGUGAGAUUUGGGCUCACCGAGGAUCAGCGAUGUCUUUGUCCAACCAUAACAACACCAAUGACAGCUGCAAGAUUGACUCAGAGUUCAGGUACGCCCUCUUCCCCAUCGUCUACAGCGUUGUCUUUGUGCUGGGGCUCCUGGAGAACUGCUACGUCCUGUGGAUUUUCAAGUAUCUGACCCCCAGCAGCAACACGAAUGAGGUUAAAGUCUUGAUGGUGAACUUGAGUGUGGCUGACCUGCUCUUUAUUCUGACACUUCCCUUUUGGAUCAUUUACUAUAUUCAGAAAGGAAACUGGAUAUUCCCUGAUGGUAUUUGCCGACUGGCUGGGUGCUUAUUUUUCAUCAAUACCUACUGCUCUAUUGCCUUUCUUGCUGUGAUCAGUUACAACCGGUACUGUGCUGUGGCGUAUCCGAUAGAAACCAUUCAGAGUAGAGGCAAAAAGCGAGGUUGCAUUAUAUCGUCAGUAAUCUGGUUUGUAAUUGUUACCAGCUCAUUGCCCUUCCUGGUUCAAAAAGGAACAAACCAAGUGGGUAAUGUUACACGAUGCUUCGAGGGAUAUGACAGUAAUACUUCUGUGGUUGUCUUUAAUUUUAUUCUGAUCGGAGCCUUCUUCAUUGCCUUCCUUGUCAUUGUCACUUGCAACCUAUGCAUACUCCACCUUUUGUCCUCCCAGCCCGCCCAGCCGAAGAAAAGCAUGCGCAUCCGAAAGCAAGCCUUCCGCAUGGUCUGCACGGUCAUUGUCGUCUUCCUCAUCUGCUUUGUGCCCCACCAUUUGGUCCAGGGUCCCUGGACCCUCACCGUCCUCAGGCUGUGGAGGGAGAAGGACUGCGGCUUUCGCGAUCAAGUGAACAAUGCCCAUCAGAUCACGCUCUGCCUGAUGGGUCUAAACUGUGCAUUGGAUCCCAUCAUAUACUGCUUCCUCACUCAAAAGUUCAGGAAAUUCUUCACGCACAGCCUAAGCAGAUGGAAGUCCACUCGGAAGAGCUCUCGGACCUUCACCUGUGAAACACAACUUGGAGAGUUUAGUCCGCCAACCUUCUCUGCGGAACAAGGCUAACACUGGACCAAUGCGGCAUUUGUUGGCAUGAGUUGUAGUGCUGUACCAUUGGUAAACGUGCUUCAGAAGCCCGUUCAAGCAGCAGGGGCGUUUAAUGACUGAUAAUUCUUUUUUCCCCACUGGCCUUUGAAUAGGAGCUUUCAAGUUGCAACUUCUGCUUUAGGUUUGCGGUUCUGAUCUGAAGGAGAAGAGACUAAAUUGGAUAAGAUCAUACAAGCAUGAGUUAUAGGAGCAGAACUGGGCAAGUCAGCCCAUUGUGUCUGCUCCGCCAUUCCAUCAUGGCUGAUUUAUUAUCCCUCUCAACCCCUUUCUCCUGCCCUCUCCCGGUAACUCUUGAUGCUUUGACUAAUCGAGAACCUGUCAACCUCUGCUUUAAGUAACCCAAUGACUCAGCCUCCCUAUCUGUCUGUGGCAACGAAUUCCACAGAAGUCAUCACCCUCUGGCUAUACAAAUUCCUUCUCAUCUCUGUUCUGAAGGGCGGGUCCUUCUAUUCUGAGGCUGUGACCUUAGGCCUUAUUAUAAACAUGUCCACUCUAUCUAGGCCUUUCAACAUUCAGUAGGUUUCAAAGAGAUGCCCCCCUCGUUCUUCUAGGCUCCAGCAAAUGAUCUGGUGAACGUGCUCAGGUAGAGUAACUUUGACAGCAUUUUUAUACAUGGAUUGAGAAUUGGGUGGGUGAGGGGAUUUAAAGGGAGAGACGGGAGUCAGCAGGCUGACAUAGAGCAAGGGUUCAAAGGGCACAUGUGGUGUGUUAAAACAUGGGGAGAUUGAUGAGAUAAUGCAUUCCUCGUCGCAGAACUGAAGCCGUUGCAUUGAGUACGUUGGGGGGGGGCACGGUAGCAUAGUGGUUGACACAAUGCAUCAGAGUACAGGUGACCCGGGUUCAAUUCCCGUCACUGCCUCUGAGGAGCUUGUACGUUCUCUCUGUGACCGUGUGAGUUUCCUCCCACAGAUCAAAGACGUACCGGUCGGUAAAUGUGAAUUGCCCCGUGAUUA